AUGGCGUGGACAAUAUUGCUCUCAAGCCGAAUUUCUUGUGGAAAGAGGCUAUCUUCCCUGUUUGAAGGAGUUAGAUGUACAUUCUUCCUUCAACCUUUGUCUAAACAGACAUAUCAUGUCAUCUAUGGUGAUAUUAACAAAUUGGCUCCUGCUGUGAAAUCUUUUGUUGAGGAGACUGCAAAGGUCACUCAGCCUGACAAUAUUCAUGUUUGUGAUGGCUCUGAGAAAGAGAAUAUAUUGUUACUUUACCUUUUACAGAGAGACAAUGUCGUCACAAAGUUACACAAAUAUGAAAAUUGUUGGUUGGCACGGACAGAUCCAGCUGAUGUAGCCCGAGUAGAAAGACGAACAGUGAUUGCCACUGAAGAUCAAAGGGACACGAUUCCCAUUCCUAAAACAGGGGUGAAAGGUCAGCUUGGUCAUUGGAUGGACACAGAAGAUAUGGACACAGAACUGAAUAUGAGGUUUCCUGGUUGCAUGAGAGGUCGCACCAUGUAUGUCAUUCCUUUCAGUAUGGGUGCUGUUGGUGGCCCUUUGUCUAAAAUAGGUAUCCAGCUUACCGAUUCUGCUUAUGUAGUAGCCAGUAUGCGGAUCAUGACUCGAAUGGGACAAUGUGCAUUAGAUGCUCUGGGAACCAAUUCCUUCGUCAAAUGUCUGCAUUCAGUUGGGCAGCCCCUUCCAGGAAGUAAUCUAUCACACUGGCCUUGUAAUCCUAAGCUCACCUUGAUUGCUCAUAUCCCUGAGAGAAAUGAGAUCUGUUCAUUUGGAAGUGGAUAUGGGGGCAAUUCCUUAUUGGGCAAAAAGUGCUUUGCUUUACGAUUAGGUUCUAUUAUGGCCAAACGUGAAGGAUGGUUGGCUGAACAUAUGUUGAUUUUGGGUAUUGAGAACCCAAAAGGUGAAAAGAAGUACAUUGCUGCUGCUUUCCCAAGUGCUUGUGGUAAAACAAAUCUUGCUAUGAUGAAUCCAACAUUGCCAGGUUACAAAAUCACUUGUGUUGGUGAUGACAUUGCUUGGAUGAAAUUUGAUCGUGAAGGAAAACUGAGAGCCAUUAAUCCUGAAGCUGGCUUCUUUGGAGUUGCUCCAGGAACAUCCUAUAAAACUAAUCCAAAUGCCAUGGAAACUAUUCAACGGAAUACCAUUUUCACCAAUGUUGCUUCCACUAGUGAUGGUGGCUUCUUCUGGGAAGGCUUGGAGGAAGAAAAUUACAAAGAGGUUGAAAUUUCUUCUUGGCUUGGAAUCAAUCAGUGGUCUCCAGAAAGUGGGCGUACAGCAGCUCAUCCAAAUUCUAGGUUUUGUACUCCUGCUAAUCAAUGCCCAAAUAUGGAUGAACUUUGGGAAACUGCUGAAGGAGUGCCAAUUGAUGCUAUUAUAUUUGGUGGCCGCAGACCUGAAGGUGUGCCAUUGGUAUAUGAAGCAUUCAAUUGGUCACAUGGUGUCAUGGUUGGAGCAGCCAUGCGCUCAGAGGCAACAGCAGCUGCAGAGCACAAAGGAAAAGUGAUAAUGCAUGAUCCAUUUGCAAUGCGCCCUUUCUUUGGCUACAACUUUGGCAAAUAUAUGGAUCAUUGGCUGAACAUGCAAGACCGUCCAGGUGUUAAACUACCAAAGAUUUUUCAUGUCAAUUGGUUCCGAAAGAAUGAAAGUGAACAUGAUAUCCUAUGA